UCUGGUUUAUAUUUUCUCUCAUUCUUUAAGCCCUUCACAAUAAUUUCUUCCUUUGUACCUAAAUGUGAUAUUCAAAAUGCCGGAUGGUGACCCAUUUUUUACAGUUAAAGAAGAUAUAGAAAAUAAUGUUGCAACAGCAUUGACGUUAUUUAAUAGUUGGAAUCGUAUCUACAAUACAGUUUCAUCUAGGAAUAAUGAAGAACUAAAGAGAACAGAAGAAGAAUUAAGGACAACUUUACAAGAAAUAAUAACUGAUCUAGACGAUGUAGAAGAAACAAUAAAAGUUGUUGAAAGUAAUCCUGAUAAAUUUGGUUUAACAAAGACUGAAAUAGAAUCACGUCGUGAAUUCGUUGAACAAACAAGACAACGAUUACAGGAAAUUCGAUUAACAUUGGAUGACCCUCCGAAACGAUUAAAUUCUACGGGAAAUCAUCAAGAAUUAAUUGACGGAUAUAAGUCAACAAAAGUUUUUGAACAAGUUAGAUCAAAAUCAAGAUAUGAAGAAGUUAUAGAAAUGGAUAAUACUAGAUUCAUAGAAAAUGAAGCUCAACAGCAAACUAUUUUGAUGAGAGAACAAGAUGAGCAAUUAGAAUCAUUGUAUGGAACCGCUAAGAAUAUUCACGAAAUUGCUACUACAGUGGGAACUGAAUUAGAGGAUCAAAAUAUGUUGUUGAGUGAAUUUGGAGAACAAGUAGAUAGAGCUCAAGGAAGAUUAGAAAGAGCCAUGAAGAAAGUAGCUUAUGUUAUUAAACAAAAUGAAGAAUCAAAAUCGAAUUGUUGUAUUGGAGUUUUAAUUGUUGUAUUAAUUAUUUUGCUAAUAUUAGUUGUAGCUGUUUAACAAUAAGAAUAUAUUGUAUUACUGGUAAUUUAGUCAUGUUUAUAGGUUUACAAAAUAAUUGUUUAUUAGAAAAUAUGUUUAAUAAUUUAUUUGGGAGAACAAAAAGUAUAA